GGUGGGACUCUGGGACUGAAAAGCGGAGAGCUGGGCAUUGUGUGUGUGUCUGGGGAGCGUGUUGUGUGCGGUGUGGCUGCGUUCACUCCGGGAGCGGGUGGGUGUCGUUCGCAGCUGUUUAGGGCGGCCGGCGACGAAGACAGAUACGGUAGCGGGGUUAGACCGUUCCAGCGUUAGGAGGGGAGGCCUGCUGCCUCCUGUAGUUAGUUAGGGCUGGGGCUAUAGGAGCGCAGCCGCCGUCGCUCUCCAGCUUCGCUGCCGCCUCCAGCACGCCGCUGUUGGCGGACCCUGCCGGUCACCAGUUGCGCCGUCUGACGAAGCCGUGGUCCCCCGGGGAGUUGGACGGUGCCACAAGCCUAGACCCCGGGGGGGGGUCUCGUCGGCCACGAAGCUGAGUAGCCUACUCAUUUUAACUUGUAUUCGUAAUGUAUGUGUGUUUUAUUAGUGUGGGGAUUGGAAAGGAGUUUUGGGGGGGUUGAGCUAGUUCUGGGUCGGGGUCCUGUAAUUGGAUGCACUCUUAUUCACGUCAUUUAGAAGUGCAGUUGCCUAGUUGUAGUGUGACGGGUUUUCAUGCAUCUCCAGCAGUUUGUAGUGUGACGGGUUUUCAUGCAUCUCCAGCAGUUUGUAGUGUGACGGGUUUUCAUGCAUCUCCAGAAGUUUGUAGUGUGUGCUCUGAUGUGGUGUGUAUUUCAUUGAUGGUGUGCACAUUUUUAUUGUGCAGCCAGUUUGGGUGACCCUGAAGAGUGGUAGCUCCCCCGCCUUGCUUUAACUCCAGGUGCCCCGUUCAUGAAUGACGGAAUUUAAAUAAAGAUUGUCAUUUUAUUUGUUACUCUGUGUGGCUGUGUGUUUACUCUGGGGUUUCCGACAUUUGUCCCACGUGAUUCCUGGUUUUGGUCGCCUUUUGACCAUCCUUGGCCCAAACACGAAUUCAUUACACUGGUGGCAGCGGUGGGAUCUUUACUGCAAGAAUGUCGGAACCGGAGAAUAAUCCACCACAACCUGUUGAGUUUGCCCCAAAUCAAGAUGCUCCCCCUGUUUCAACUAUUAAUGGUGCAACUCCCCGUCCAGUCUUCAUGCCAGAGACCUUUACUGGUGCGGGGAGAGAAUGGUCUGAUUGGGCUGAGCAGUUUGAGAUGGCCGCUGAUGUAAAUAACUGGGAUGAAUCACUCAGGCUGAAAUUUAUGGGUCUCCUAUUGGCAGGUCGAGCCCGUGAGGUCUAUAGUGGGUUAUCAGCAGCAGCUAAAACUAAUUAUACCCUGUUGAAAGAUGCUAUGGGGAGGUGUCUUGAUCCCUGUGACAGUGACGAUUGGAACAGGGCUAGCUUCUCCUCACGGAGGAGGCUUCAUAAUGAGACAGUCCGCGAGUUUGGUAUUGCUUUGCGCCGGCUGGUUGCGAGAGCCUAUCCCUCCGCGGACCUUAACACACAGGACCUAUUGGCAAGGGACCACUUUAUUACGCAUGUGGGCAGUGGGGAUUUGCGCAUCAGUCUUCGUAGUGCCAAACCUGCAACACUGGAAGCUGCAAUAAAUCUGGCUUCAGAACUUGAGCUCAUCAGAGGUCUAGAAAAUAGCCAUUUAACUCAGGAUGCUAAGGUCCGGGGGGUCUCUGAACCGAAGUCUAAGAGUGAUGAGCAGAUGGAAGUUUUAUUGGGGGUGGUGGAAGGAUUGAGACAAGAGGUUAAGGUCUUACAGACUGCUGUGCAUGCUUUUAAAUCAAAUCUCGUACACCCUGUCCCUGUUCAGGCAGCUGCACCUCCCCCUCCCCCUCAAGCGGUCGGCACACCUGGCAAUGUUACAGUUAAACGUGAGGCUAUGGAACAGAGAGAGGGGGGUGUUGGGAGUGUGGGUGUAACAGGCACAUACGCCGUAACUGUCCCUAUUUGCAGGGAAACUAGAGGGGGCGUGCACAGAGGGCCCAAUGCCCGCCCCCCUUCCAGCUGUAUCCACUAGGGCCCUUGAGAAGGCGGAAGGAGGUUCCGGCUAUCUUGCAGCCAAGAUAGUGACGACCAAUCCAGUGUCCAGGAGGGCUGAUCAACCCGACUCUCGGCCACCCAGACCUUCCCGACGACAGCAUUCGGGGUUCCAGUUUGGCGCAGGUUGGGUCCAUCAUCGCCGUCCAGCCGAUCUGGGG